CAGCGGAGCGGUAUGCACAUGGUUGAUAAUACCUGCUUGUCAAAACACGGCCGUCGCAGACGUCAACACCGCCCGGAACAGACGCGAGCUAAAGCUGUUCCCUUUAACUCUCAUCUGAGCACCGAAAGCAUCUGAUUUAGUCGGUAGGAAACAAAGCCGCGAAGUGUUCUAACUGGUACGCUGGUGCAAACAUCGGGCAUUCCAUAUUGCCAGCACACCGUGGCCACUGGUAGCCGCUUGCGAAGGAGUUUACUGAUCCUGGACCCGGAAGCACAUCAGAAGCGCACAAGCGAUGAGCACAGCGACGGGCAACUGCAAGUGUUCCUACACGGUGGGACUGGUAGGACUGAGUGCGUUCGGCUUUCUCUUGUCCCUGUACACGUCCUACGUUGAGCUGCGUGCCGAACAAGAUCGUUCCUAUCAGGCCCUAUGUGAUAUAAGCGAACGCAUAAGCUGCACCAAAGUGUUUACCUCGAGCUACGGCCGUGGCUUUGGCAUCGCGGGCAAGGUGUUUGGCGAAGCGUCCGCCCUGAACGUGCCGAACGGAUUUUACGGCAUAUUUUACUACUUCCUGGUGGCGGCGUGCAGCUUUAGCGACCACCUGCGCAUCGCCCGGUUGAACAGCUACUUGAUCCUGCUUUCGAACGGACUGUCGCUGUACUUGGCGUACCUGCUCUACUUCGUCCUGGAGGAUCUGUGCAUCGUGUGCGUCACCACCUACGCGGUUAAUCUGAUCAGUCUCAUACUGGCGCUCCAGAAGAUACAGGUACUGGUACGCGAGGAGCAGGUGAUGCGAGCGAUCAAUGUAGCAAAAAAGAUAAAGUAAUGCGCAAAACCCGCUCAGACAUGAUGUUAUUCACCGAUCCGUAAUCGUUUCUUAAGCACUUUGUUGUAAAUUUGCGUUGAUAUAUUUGUAGCUUAGAAACAUUCCUUUGCAGUCAGAUUGUCAGAUAAUUUAAUUACACGUUAAUAUGUACUGCAGAACAUUCCAGUAGCUCUUUUAAAGGUAUGAAGGGAUUGCGAUUCCAAUACCAUCUCAGGAUCCACCAAAUUCUCUAUGGCCAAAAAUGUCGUACCGUACCCGUGUUGCAACGUUUACUCUGGCACAGUUUGUUCAAUCUUACCAUACUCGUUAACAUGCCAAAAAGAUGCGUUUAUUCCGUUGUAAAGUGUUGUGGUUGUGACAAAUAAAGAUAAAAUAAAACGU